GACGAUAACGAACGUAUAAAUGAGGAAGAGUUUGCAACAUCUAUGCAUCAGCCCAUUAUUGAUAAAGAACCAAACGUCAGUAAACCGUACUUCGUGCAACUUUACCAAUAUUGUUUCGACAACAGGACCAAAGAAAUCAUUUACGCGGAAUACACGAUCGAGAAUCCACAAUUAUUCGAUUCGGACCUUUUGCAAGAAGAGCAAACUCAUGAAUUUAAACCAGUAGGAUUGGAUUACUCGAAUGUGGCGACAUUCUAUCGAAAGAAUGAUUACAACGUGCCACGUAUGGUUGGUAUGCCAGAAUUCAUGCCAUUUGCUCUGAUGAGAAAGCCACUUUAUCGGUAUGACGCAGCAGCCCCUCUGAAUGAGGAACUGGAUGAAAUGUGGAGCGAGUUCGUCAAGAAUCUUAAGAAAAAAAUAUCAAAAAAAACUCAUCGAAUCAGAGUAUACUCGGGAGUCUAUGAUAGAAAACGAGUCCACGGAUCAUCACAAUACCUGGAUAAAAAAUCAACUCUACAUCCUUCACCGUUUGCUUUUUGGUUGUUGUUGCAUAAUGAAGAUCAUUCCGAGGGCAUCUCCUUUAUAAUGCACAACUACGCUUUUGAUUAUUUCGAGGAAAGGCAUCAGAAAUUAUGCGAGCGGAGUAUUUGCACCGAGGCUGGCCUUGAAGACAGUAUUCCUAACCCUAGAGAGUAUAAUUACACAAUGUUUUAUUGCUGCCGUUCGUCAGCGAUUACAAAGUUGUAUCCGUUUAAGAAAGUCAAGGAUGAUGAAAUACUAAAGUUUGAGGAAAAGUAAUCUAAGGACAUAUAAUUAAGGGGAGAUUUGAGAUUUUGUUUGGAUGGUUUUAUUUAUCAUAUUUUUAAUGCUUUUAAAAUUAAGUUCCUACCUACGUAUUUUAAUUAAAAUUAUAUCUAAGCACUCAGCGAAAAUUAUGGGAUCUGAUUUGAUAUCAGAUCUGGACAGAUAAAAGUUUUGAUCAGAUUACCUAAAUGUUCAAAUCUGAUCAGAUCCAAUAGGGAGACCUGAUUGCAUCUCAACAGACCUAAAUAGAUCAGAUCAGACUUGAUUGAUUAGUACAGAUCUGAUCAGAUAUGGGCAUUCCCCACAUCCAAUUCAUCUUAUUAGUUGCAAUCAGUUUAGAGUUUUGAUCGGAUAAGAUCCGUUGAGACCGGUUGUGAUAAGAAACCCAAUUGGAUCUGAUCAUGCCCGAUUGCUCAGAUCAGAGCAGUCAUGAUCAGAUUCGAAUCCUCCUCUUUCAUCCGAUCAGAUCUGGCCUGAUCUUAUCAGGUCAGAGUUUUAAUCAGAUUAGAUCUGUUGAUAUCUGCUCAGAUUUAGCAACAGAGACUAGAUUGGAUCUGACCAGAUCAGACCAGACCAGACCAGACCUGGACAUUUUCCAGGAUUAGAUCUGACCUCGGAUUGGAUCUGUUCUGUUCUGACCAGAUCUGAUCCCGUUGAAGAGACUUGAUUAGGUCUGGCCUGAUCUGAUCCGGAAAAUCCCCAGAUCCAAGUAUGUACUUAGAUCUGACCAAAUCCGAUCAGAUCAGAUGAUCAGAGUUUAAAUUGUGUUACAUCAGUUCAGUUCAGACCUGAUCAUAUCCAAUAAUUUUUCGCUGCGAGAUCCAAUAAUUUUAUUAUUAUUACAUAUUAUUAUUUUUAUCUAUAAAAUGAUUCCCAGCAUGAUGAAUACUGCUUCUCCUUGUACCUACCUGUAUUAUUUUUAUGAAUUAUGGAUGAAAAUAAAAUUUCACGUUUUGAA